AUGUAUCAAAAGCAAGCACGUUCAAAGAAAGAAUUUACUCCUUGCACUUCACACGACAAGCAAAACACUCAAGAUCGCCGCCGCCAACUUUCGCCGCCGACGAUUACAACAACGAGAUUUUUCACCAAACUCUGCAACGUAAGAUUCAACCUCAAGGACAAAGUCGUCAACAUUCUGGUUCCCUUACAUUACGAUAGUACAGCUGGCAAGAAGCCCGCGUUUAUCGACAAUGUGCUGACGGCUCUGCUCAAGAGCGAGGUAGCCCCUCCUCAGGGCCAGAAACGCAAGACUAGGCAAUAUUAUGGCCAACAGGACUUGAAUGCCAAGGGUACCUCUUAG